GAGACGUUCUAAGUGCCAUGAUGAACAACAGACAAUCAACCAGAGAGCACAGACAAACUGUCAUGAUGCGAAUGUUGACGUUUGCACUGCUGUUGUCUUGAUUUUUGCAGAAAUACGUCAGUUCCAUAACUAUAAAAAAAAAUAAAACGACGAACUGACGCCGAUAGACGCAUAAACAAGUAUCCCAAUGUGAUAAACCCGUGAAAUAUUUUGUGGUUAUUUACAAACCAGUCUCAUUAGCACCGAAUAUCUCUCGUUGUGAAAUUUUGGCAGAAAUAACGCCGAAAAGACAUCACUUUAAUCUUGUUGCUGAGCGCACCAUAACGUAAUCGCAUUCGUCGAUUAUUGUGGCUGGGUUACUGUUGACAGUUUUGAUGUAUAGGAUAGCAACCUUAUUUCGUGCGAUUGUGUUUAGUUGUGUUUUACCACUACAGACAAAUUGUUUCCUGUGCAUGUAAGCAUUUUUUAUGGGUUUCCGCUUUCUUUUAAUUCUGACAUAUUAUACUUGCUAUGACGCCAUUAGUUAGUGCAAUAGUGGCUUAAAAUAUAUAUGCUUGUACUCUAUGCAUGGCGUAGUAAGUGGGCAGCGAGGAUCUAGAUUACACCAAACUGCCUUUGCUUUGCCGAAUAUGUGAUACAAUAAUUGCUUUACCUGCCAACAACGUGUUAAACCAUUUCAGGCAAUUCCACGAAAGAUGUUUCGUUAGAUAUUUCAUUUCAUGUGCCUGCCCAUAAUUUUGCGUAUUAAGAUGUAACGUCCAUAAUUCAGUAUCAUUUCUAACUAGCCGCAGUGUCAAGAAAAAUGUGUGUGAGCUCAAUCUUGUGUAGCAGUGUAGACUGGCUUUGUAUGAAGUUGCAGGUACCUAGAAUUGUAGCAGCUAUGGAACAUGACACAAAUGCGUGGGUGAAAAAAGAAGAGAUGAAUCUGGAAUGCAACCCCGUGGUUGUCGAAGAUCCAUUUGAAACAUCAAGGGUAUAUGUCUAUAUUAAAGAGGAUCCAGACUUAGAUUUGGGAGUGGAUGCAACUGACAAUGGUGAGGCAUCCACAAGAGGACUUGCAUCGCACAGUGAACGAUCAUCUCAUCUGUCCAAUGAAAACUAUGGCUCUUCGUUUAAAGAAACUGUUUCUCCAGCUGUGACCUGUGAUGAGGUGACACAAGAAACUGUCACGCACAGUAAUUCCUUCUGCAAUGCAGAUAACAUGAGUGAGAUGGACAAUGAAUUCUGUGACUUCACCUGUGAUACAUGCCUGCAAAGAUUUUCAUCAAAAUACAGCCUCAUAAUGCAUGUAUUCACUCACAUUGACAUUGCACAGCCACCGUUACAUGUUUGCAAAUGUUGUGGUGAAGUGUUUCUUGACAAUGAUGCCCUGAAUAAGCAUGUCAGUAUGAAGGAGGAUGGCAGGACUUUGAUUGCACAACCAUUUCCUGAUACCAGGGAGGUGCACAGCUGUAGAGAUGUGUGUGAGAAUAUAUUCACUGCAAAAGAUCACAUGCCUGUUGCUCUAACUGCACCCACUGUUAGUGAUUCAUGUGGACAGUUUGCAAACAUUUAUUAUGCUUCACAGGGAUAUUACUGUGAUCCCAGUAGCUGGUCUCUCUGUCAAAAAAAUGGCAAAACAGUUUCCUCAUGCCCUAUACACACCAAGCCACACAAGUGUGAUGUAUGUAGCAAAUCUUUUGCUUAUGCAUCUCUUCUCAGAACCCAUUCCUUAGUACAUUCAGGAGUAAUGUCGCACAAAUGUGAUGUUUGUGGAAAAAUGUUUGUUAGCGUUGAUCAUCUUAAAAAUCACAAAUCAGUGCAUUCUGCAGCUGAGAAACACAAAUGUGAUGUCUGUGGCAAACUGUAUACUACAGUUCAUAACCUCAAAGCUCAUACAUUAGUGCAUUCUCCAGUGAAGGCACAUGAAUGUGCUAUAUGUGGCAAAUUGUUUGCUACACUUGCUCAGCUCAAAUCCCAUGCAAUAGUUCAUUCUGGUGUGAAGAAACACAAAUGUGAUGUUUGUGGCAAAUUGUUUGCUAGAUUUGGUGAACUCAAAGUUCAUGGCCUAGUUCAUUCUGCAGUGAAGUCACAUGAGUGUGAUAUUUGCGGAAAAUUGUUUGCUAGACCUAGUAAUCUCAAAGCCCAUACCCUACUACAUUCUGCAGUGAAAUCGCACAAAUGUAAUGUUUGUGGUAAAUGUUUUUCUAGGCUUGGGCAGCUCAAGAAUCAUGAAUUAGUGCAUUCUGGGGUGAAGGCACACAAAUGUGUUGUGUGUGAAAAAUCGUUUGCUUUAGUCAGUAAUCUCAAAUCCCAUGCAUUAUUGCAUUUGGGGGUGAAGGCACACAAAUGUGAUGUUUGUGGCAAAUUGUUUGCUACAUUUCGUGAGGUCAAGUACCAUUCUGUAGUACAUUCUGGGUUAAAGUCACACCAGUGUGAUGUGUGUGGCAAAUUGUUUGCUAGACGUAGUGAGCUCAAAGUUCAUUUGUUAGUGCAUUCUGAUUUGAAGCCACACAAAUGCAAUUGCUGUAGCAAAUCUUUUGUACGGGCUGUUGAUCUCAGGAGGCAUAUGCAAGCACAUUUUAAGAGGAAAGGGCAUGUAGCUUCACACAUUGAAAGCUCCCAUCCUAGUUAGAUAUACAGUAAAUCUUGCACUUAAUUCAGUGUUUGAACUUCAGUGCAAGAUUGGUAAUGAAGUGCUUUACUGUGAAUAAUGAAUUGGCUGCAGUUCAUAUUUUUAUUCUGAAAAAUUCAUUUUGUGAUAUGUAUUUCAUUUUGUUAGCUUUGUUUUGUAAGUGUAUUGCAAACAAGCAAAGUGGAUGUAAAAAGUGUAAUUUCUGUUGUUGCUGUUUCAGAGUGUUCUAUGUAUAUAUAUAAUCAAAAACAAAGAUUCCAAGACUUACCAAGCGGGAAAGCGCCG